GCCCGCGCGGUUGCCAGGCGACGGUUGGAUACACUGUUGCCGGCGGCUGUUAGGGAUGGAGGCCGCGCCGGGCCCGGGGCAGAAGGUGGCCGCGCCGAGCCGGGCCGCCCUGGAGCUCCUGGCACUGCUCGACCCGGCGGAGCUGGGGCCCUGCCUGUUCGCGGAGACGCUGGCACUGGUGGAUCUGGGUGGGCGCCCGUGCGGGGAGCUGCAGCUCUCGGCCCAGCUGGGCUCCUACGGGCACCCGGACGGGCGGGACGAGGCCUGUGUGCUGGUGCGGGCCAGGAGCCAGGCCAGCGUGGACGGCGCGCCCUGCGGCACCUCCCUGCACGCCUUCGUGUCCAAGAAGCUGGAGACCCUGGAGCAGCACCAGCACGAGUACGUGAAGCUGCCUGGGCACCCCAUGGACAAGACGACGCAGCUGGUGCAGCGCGGGGGCAAGAUCCUCAUCAGCUGCACCACGGUGGAGGGAGAGGAGCGGCAGAGCCAGCGCUGGGAGGAGCUGCCGGCUGCGCGGGGGCUGGUGUCGGAGGGCGCCGCCGUGCUUCUGGGGCGCGUGCUGGCUCGGCGCCGUGCCGUGCCCCCCAGCACCGUCUUCCUGGCUCUGGAUCCUGAGGGCCACUUCUGCCCGGCUACCUAUAGCGUGCUGGGCACACAGUGGCAGCAGGUGGGCGCGGAGGAAGCCGAGGUCUUCGUGCUGGAGCGCGCCGUGGGUGCCACCGUGCCCCUGACCUGGCAGGACAGCUUCCUCCCCGAUGGGCAUCUGGCCCGCCGCAUCCAGGUGGGCUGCCCCACCACCGCCCUGCUGCUGGACAAGCUGCCGCCGCUGGAGCAGGAGCCCACCGAGGCCCCCCUGGCCUGGGGGAAGCAGCCCCUGGCAUGGGAGGACGAUGCACAGCUCCGCUCGCAGUUCCUGGACAGGAAGGAGGAGCUGCAGGCCUCGCACGCCGCCUACGUGCGGCGCCACCCCGAGCUGCCCGCGCUGCUGGGGGACUUCCUGCAGGCCCUGCUGCUGCGCCAGCCCCCGGACCCCCCCACCUUUGCCGCCACCUUCUUCGCCCCCUUUGCCACCCGGCGCCCCCCAUCACCCCCCUUCCGCAGCGCCUGCCCACCCAGCCCGCCCUAACGGGCUCGAGGACCCCAGUUCUGCUGCCCUGGUGCAUUGUGGGUAUGUCCCCCCCAGGGUAUCCUGAGACCCUGGGGUGGAGGAGGGGGUAGAGGGGCCUGCUGGGCUGUCAGCGCCCCCCCCCCCCCCCCCACUUACUGCCUGGUUAAUUAAUAAAAGCCUUGAACUAAUUUACAAGUGCCACUUUGUGUGCACCAGUGCCUGGUGGGCAUAGGGGAAACUGAGGCAGGUGUGAGACCCAGGCAUGGGCAUGACCCCUGCUGCCUCUGCUGGGCACGGGGGAAACUGAGGCAGGCCUGAGGCCAAGCGUGGACCCAGAAGCAUGUGGGGAGUGC